AUGUCGAAAUAGCAAUGGACUCUAUUGACUACGGACACUUAAAAACUAUAAUUAUUUGGUAUGCAAGCCAAAGUCACAACGAAUUAUGGUGAUGUAUUUUAAGGACUCAUAUAUUAUUGUGAUGAAUCAAUCAUUAUAUUAAGUAUGAUUGAAUAGCAAUAUUAUAGAAAAUGAAGAUGAUUUUUUUUUAAUUAAUCAGCAAUCAAUAUAAGAUUUACAAACUAUUGAUAUUUAAGAUCCUAAAGUAUACGUUCCAAUAAGCGUAGUAAACAUUAUAAAAUUUAUUGGCAAUCGAUUUGGCAGCUAUGGCAUAAGAAAUGAUAAAAAAGGAAAUGAAAGAACCUCAUUAACAAUUAUUUGAUCAUCUAUAAAAAUUGUAUAGAGAUGUUGAUUGGAAAGACUAAGAGAUCAUCAUUCCAUCUAUUUCGAUAAGAAUUUCACCACCUUAUAAAUCAGGUAAUAAUUAUAAGUGAUUUUAUUAUUAGAUAAUAUAACGGGUGAAAAUAAAUUGGGAGUUGAAAGAUUAAGGAAAAUUGUAAAGUAUAUAAUAAUGAACUUUUUAUGUAGGUUGAUAAAUAUGCCAAAAAUUUUUGA